AUGUCCUCCACUACCGUCUCGACCCGUACCAUGCUCCAGAUGCGCGGAGAGUUGAUCAACGAGCACUCUCCGCUACUCCAACCUCCCGCUCAGUCAUACGACGAAGAGCGCCAGUACGAGAACCCAAACAACUGGCCUACCACUCCCGGAAACCCCGACUACCGUCCUUUGGACAGGCAUGUGGACAUGACAACGAGGCCCAAUGGCUCGAACCCGGUCGAGUGGGUCAUCGUCAACGUCAUGCUCAACGGUGUCCUUGGCCAGGGUAUCAUUCGAUCGGCCUGGCGCGCAGUUGGCUCACCUUUCAGUGGUUUCUUCACCUACCAGAUUGGCGGCCUUUACUGA